GCUGUGGCGGCAAAUGGGCUUGGGCGGCUCCUUGGCGGGUGGUGGCGGUGGCCGUAGCGGUUCCUUUUGGCCCUGUUAAUGUCGGGGCCAGGCCCGGGGAGGAUGGCGCCCUAGAGCCCGGCCUUGCUGGGGUAGGGGCGGGAGGGGACGGGGUGGGGACCGGCCAUGUCGGAGGUGACCCGAAGUCUGCUGCAGCGCUGGGGCGCCAGUUUUAGGAGAGGCGCCGACUUCGACUCUUGGGGCCAGCUGGUGGAGGCGAUAGACGAGUAUCAGAUAUUAGCAAGACACCUACAAAAAGAGGCCCAAGCUCAACACAAUAAUUCUGAAUUCACGGAAGAACAAAAGAAAACCAUAGGCAAAAUUGCAACAUGCUUGGAAUUACGAAGUGCAGCUUUACAGUCCACACAGUCCCAAGAAGAAUUUAAACUGGAGGAUCUGAAGAAGCUAGAACCAAUCCUAAAGAAUAUUCUUACAUAUAAUAAAGAAUUCCCAUUUGAUGUUCAGCCUGUCCCCUUAAGAAGAAUUUUAGCACCUGGUGAAGAAGAGAAUUUGGAAUUUGAAGAAGAUGAAGAAGAGGGUGGUGCUGGAGCAGGGUCUCCUGAUGCCUUUCCUGCUAGAGUUCCCGGUACUUUAUUACCAAGGUUGCCAUCAGAACCAGGAAUGACAUUACUCACUAUCAGAAUUGAGAAAAUUGGCCUGAAAGAUGCUGGGCAAUGCAUUGAUCCCUAUAUCACAGUUAGUGUAAAAGAUCUGAAUGGCAUAGAUUUAACUCCUGUGCAGGAUACUCCCGUGGCUUCAAGAAAAGAAGAUACGUAUGUUCAUUUUAAUGUGGACAUUGAGCUCCAGAAGCAUGUUGAAAAAUUAACCAAAGGUGCAGCUAUUUUCUUUGAAUUCAAACACUACAAGCCUAAAAAAAGGUUUACCAGCACCAAGUGUUUUGCUUUCAUGGAGAUGGAUGAAAUUAAACCUGGGCCAAUUGUAAUAGAACUAUACAAGAAACCCACUGACUUUAAAAGAAAGAAAUUGCAAUUAUUGACCAAGAAACCACUUUAUCUUCAUCUGCAUCAAACUUUGCACAAGGAAUGAUCCUGACAUGAAUACCCUGGAACUUCUGUGAAUCUUACCACUCAGUAGAAACCAUCCUAGCUCUGUGUAGCACAUUCGCCCUUCAACAGGCAGGAAGCAAGUCGUACCCAGGCCAGCAGGCCAGAGUGAGUCCAUUACAAAGCUGUAGCACAGAAUUCAAAGUCCAGCACGUCACUGAUGUAAAAGACUCCUUUGGAUACAGGCUUAUUGUAGAUCUUGAAACGUUUUCACUUUUCUAUUAAUUGUGCAAUGAAUAGCCUCUUUUCUAAUUUGCCACUACUCCUGCCCUGCUUCCUGGAACGACACUGUUGUGGGUGGAAUGUGCUCACCUUCACACUUAAUUCAGCAAUAAGAGUGUGCUAGAGUUUACACGCCUGUCCACUUCUGCGCCAAUAUGCUCUUUGGUUUUUCGAGUUAAUGUCAAACUUUGGGUUGAUGUGGGUAGGAUAGUAUGAAACUGCUUUGAGAGGAAUUGGACCAAUUAUGCUGCCCAAGGUCAGUCUGGAAAUUUAUAGGCUGCUUCUCGGAGACGGCCUUGAUUCACCCUGAUCUCAUGGUUCUCCUGCUUAGAAACAGUGUGCCUUGGCCUAGUCAGUAUCCCAUAUGGGUGUGUUCGCAGGUGGUAGCUGUGAUUUUUCCAGAUGACCGGAUCGUUUUUCUGAAAGUGAGCAUGUUUUUAGUCAUGUUGAUUAGCUUUUUUCUACAUCACAUCGUUACUCUUUCUGAUAGUGAUUCUGGGGUUAGUGAUGGAACCAUCUCAGAAUAAUUACAAAUUCUUGGUGGGUUUAUAAUGUCUUCUAAAUCGUGUAAUCUAAAAAUAAUUUGAGUCAGAUGCUAACAAGAUACCGCAGGAAUAACUGCUGUUUUUCUGACAACUGAUUGUGAAACCUUAAAACCUGCAUACCUCUUCUUAUAGUGGUGAGUAUGCAAAUCUGGAGAUAUUCUAUUUUUUUUUUUAUAUAGGUAGAUAGGAUUGCCAUUUAUUUCCUAUGUAGAUAUACUGACAUUCAUCCAUAUGGAAAUAUGCAGGUCAUUAGCUUUUUAUAAUUUGACUAUUUACAUUCUUUUGACUUAAUAAUGGGGCAUAAAUAAAACUUUCAUAGUACACACGAGGUGGAUAUUUGAUACACAGAACAUUUAAGAUUUGGGGUGGGCAUUCUGUGGGUUAGAUGUGGAGCCCACAUAUUUAAUAUUCACUUUUAAAUGACCAAUGCUAGCAUGAGGGGAACACAGUGCCAGUACUUGGCCUAUUUUUAAACUCGUGUAAUAAGCCUAGUCAAUACCAUUCAGUAUGUUUGCUUUUUAAAAUAAGUAACCACAAUUAAGUUCUAGCCCUUGCACUUCAAGAGAGCUAGUCUCCACUUUCAGUUGUCUGUUAGGUCAGUUCUGUUUACUAUGAUGGAUGUUAAAAAACUAUAUGAGCCUGAAAAAUUCUCAACCCAAUUUAGUCUUGCCUCCCUCUUGAUUAGUUUAAUUCCAGAUGAUUCCAUCCACAGUAGCUUGAGGGGAUGAGGAAUUUGCCUUAAUAAAUUACUUUGUUGUUCACUCAACUCUUAGACUGUGAGUUGUCAGCCCCGUGCCCCACCCCCCGCCCCCAGACUGUAAGCUCCUCAGGGGGCAAGAACCACAUGUUCUCCAUGUCACUUACAUUUUCUGAGGUGCUUGGCAGCGCUCUGUACCCUGUGGAGUACUCAGUACCUUUUGUUUGAUGUUGCUGACAAGACCUAAAAAUAAUCCCUUAAAAAACCUACCAUUAAAAUGUAGCAAAACUGA